GUCCGCUGACCGCGACCAUGGACGCGAAGUCGAGGUCGGGCAGACUGGGAGACUCCGACUCAGAGACCCAUUACCCUCAUCACUGCCGGCGCCGUCGACGAGCGCCUUGACCUCGACCACCACCUUCUCAUCAUGAGGCCCUCCGCUCGCUGUCUUGCCCAGGCAUUGGCCUCCACACGCUCGCACUCAGUCAGUUUCAUCGGACUAGGACGGAUGGGCUCUCCCAUGGCCUACAACCUCUUCUCGAAAACCCUGGUAGAGAACGAAGGCAGCGCACGCUUUGUGGUCUGCGAUGCGCGGACGGCUGUAUCUGAGGCGUUCGCGGCGGACUUCGCGAAGCAGUUCCCCGGUACGCAGGUCGAUAUCGCGAACUCGCCCGAAGAAGCCCUGAUGGCCUCGCAGACCAUCAUCACCAUGCUCCCUUCGACCCCCCAUGUGAGAGCCGUCUACGUCGAGUCCGGCGGUAUCCUCCCCGCGCUGCACAAGCUGCCAAAGGAGGCCGUCCAUGCGACGCUCUGCAUCGACUCGACGACGCUCGACGUAGAGACAGCGCGGGUCGUCUCAUCCGACAUCAGCAAGAUCGGCGCGCGACUGGUCGACGCACCCGUGUCCGGCGGCGUCGCCGGUGCCAAAGCGGGCACGCUCAGCUUCCUCGUCGGCGGCACGAAGACCGCGUUCGAGCUCGCGACGCCGACGCUCGAGCGGAUGGGGAAGAACAUCAUAUACUGCGGGGGCUCGGGCGCGGGGCUCGCGGCGAAGAUAUGCAACAACCUUGUGCUCGGGGUGCAGCAGAUCGUCGUGUCCGAGGCGAUGCUGCUCGGCCAGAAGCUUGGUCUGGAGCCGAAGGUGCUCGCGUCGGUGAUUAACAGCUCGACGGGUGCGUGUUGGGCCAGCUCUGUGAACAACCCGGUUCCGGGUGCUGUCCCGGACAAGUCCCCACCUUGUGAACGGGACUAUGACGGUGGAUUCGCGACGCGGUUGAUGCUCAAGGAUAUGGGCCUAGCAAUUAACAUCGCGGAGACGACGAAGACGCCGUUGCCGUUGGGUACCGCUGCGAACGAGAUCUACGCGGAAGUCAUUGAGGACGACCCUGAUGCUGCCGAGAAGGACUUCUCGGCUGUGCACAGGUAUCUACGGUUGCUGAAGAACAAGGAUGUAUAAGGGACCCGAUGGAGAAGUUCAACGUGUGUUUCCGGGCUGUAAGAGUAGUCUGUGUAGCAAGUAUAUCAUGUCACGCUCUGCUUCUAGCCAUGUCGCUAGGCCUUACCCUCCACGCUCUGCACUCUGCAUUCUGCCAGUGAGCAAUCUGGAUGGCUCGCGGACUUGUUGCGUAUGGAAGU